GCUUUGUGUCUUCAACAGUUGGUGAGCAAAUCUGGGAUUCAAAAUUACUAUCAAUUUGUAAUUUUCUGCUUCACUAAAUCCAUUGGAAUCUCGAAAAGUGACCUUACUGCAGGAUGAGCAGUUUCACUGGCACUUAUUACGUGAAUCUCUUCAUUUUUUCUGAAACAUUUUUGAAUGUGGAUAAGAGUGUGGUAUAGGUGGCCCCCGUGUGGUGACUGUAUAUAGAGGGAGCUGGGUAGGACUCUCAGCUCCUAGUCUACUUAUAUACAACCACAGCUACAGAGGCUGACUGUGUCACUGGGUACACUGUUUUAUACAAGGAUCGUACUGUGGUCAGUGCAUCCCUCUAACUCGGGAUUUAUACUUCUUACCUAAGGGAGCCGCACUUUGAAUACCUACCUCUGUCACUCGUUACAGAUCUAAACGGUCUUAGGCCGUUCCCGGAUUCGCCUCACAACAUGACCGAGGUUGUCCCGGGGGAGCGGACUCUCAGUUCGGUGCUAAGUGACCACCCCGGGGAACUCGUAAGGACCGGAAGUCCGAAUCUCGUCUGCUCAGUUUUACCAUCCCACUGGCGAUCAAACAAGACCCUCCCCGUGGCUUUUAAAGUCGUGUCCCUCGGGGAGGUCAAGGAUGGUACAAGAGUGACCAUCACUGCUGGGAACGAUGAAAAUUAUUGCCCGGAAUUACGGAAUAGUACGGCGUAUAUGAAACAUCAAGUGGCCAAAUUCAACGACUUACGCUUCGUGGGGAGAAGCGGACGAGGAAAGAGUUUCUGCUUGACAAUCACAGUCUGCACACACCCUCCCCAGGUGGCGCUCUACCAAAAAGCCAUCAAGGUCACCGUUGAUGGACCACGUGACCCAAGAAGCAAAAUAAAAUACCGACAAUUUGUCUUCACAGAGCUACGAACGGACGACAGACGAAUCCACCACCGUCCUCUAGAUAUGCCAGAGCGCAGCCCAUUUGACCCUCUUCAGAACAGUCGCUUCAGUCACUCGCUCCCAGACUGGCAGAUCCGUCGACCGAGCUCGCACCUCUCCGACACUUCAAGCAGGGUACUCCAGCCAUCCUCCGAGACCAACGGAUAUCACUCAGAGCCGACAGGGAAGAGAAGCAGUCCCUGGGGUACGGGAUUCGACCCCUAUCCCGUCAUCACCACACACGCCCCCGUCUACUCGCAGCCCCCACCCCUCCCUGGAACAGGUCACCAGAUCACACCACCACCACCAACUUCCAUCGAAUCUCAUAUUACGGAUACUCUACUCACCGACUCAAGACUCCCAACACUUCACAAGGGAUCAGCACCACACCAUGAUGCCAUGGUUACCUCUCACUCACAGGUAGUCGUGCCGGAUCCUCAGCGACCAGACAUAUCAGCACUAGAAGCUCGUCAUUCCGAACCGCGCAUGCCGCUGGACUCCCAACUUCCGCUGGUGUUGCCGCGUUACCCGGAAGUUCGGUUACAGGAACACCGAAUAUCGGAGACGCGGUUCACUGAGAGUACCAGUAGACAUUUGCUCACACAUUCACACAGCGUUCAGCCAUAUCAGUCGGCUAAUUCUAACUUCGCCAUCUUGAGAGAGAGUCGGGACAUCAACCCUCUGCCAUUGUCUGUCUCCCAUAGCAACUAUCCCAUCAUCACGGCCCAGGACCUACUGGCAAGCAUAAAUCCCGCCACCACUAUGGCCCCUUCUUACCUACCCGGAUCCCCGUCGAGCGUCCUCCCGACCAGCUUCCUGUACCCUCACCUGUACUCAUCACCCCCUCAGAUCUCCAAUCUCUUCCUGCCUUCGGGGGAAGUACGAACAUACGAAAUACUCGGUCAGCGAUCAUCUGAUAUUCCAAUGAGGGUGGAGCGACCAAUGACGCCAUCUAGUAACCGACUACAGAUAGAGGGACCUCCCAGAUCGGUCCUUCGAGACGAACAAGAAGAACAACGCAUGCGUAUGGAAACAAGGAAUGGUAUUCACCCCAUGGAUGUGCACGUCUCUGACACAAACCGGUCGCCGCCUAGGUCAGUGGAUAAUUCCAACCCAGACUCCACGGUCUGGCGUCCGUACUGAGCAGUCGCUUGACUGUUGGACCAGGUCUUAACGUACAUUCGAAUUCCCUUAGAAUCACGUGAUUCUUGCGAUGACGAUCAAAGCUUUGAACGAAGAAACAGAAGUUUAGUGCUUGUUCUUGGGACCUCUGACCCGAUAGAACGCCGACCACUGAUGGUCGAGAGCGAGGUGGUAUUGGACAGGCCAGCUGGGAAGUACGCCGUUCAUUGGAGAAUGUGUCGAAGACAUUUGUUAAAAACUGAUCUUUCAGUUCUGUGAAGGCAUUUUGAUACGUUUUGGGGAGAUGUUCCCAAGUGCGAUUAAUUGUGAUUGGAGUCAUUUCAAAAAUGAAUCUGGAACUGUUUCAGUGGCAGUGAAUGAGGAGAAGUAUUGGUUGUCAGUGUAAUGAAUUCUCAGUACAGCAAGGUGGCAGUGUAACGACUCCAUCAGUCGUGUGUGAUGAGAUAUUACGGUUGGGACAGACGUGAUUAGCAGUGAAGUGUGAGGAUUGUAGCGGACAGGAGUACAGUCUACAUGUGUGUGGAGUAUAGUCAGUGCAUCGUAUUUAGUGCAACUCUUUUUCAAGAGGUAAAACGCAAUGUGUUGGGAGUGCCAGUAUUUGGGCCACGUGGUUGGUCGGUUUUGUGAUAGGACAAGCUGAGGUGUCCUCAUUUUAACUAUUGUAAGAAUAUAUCCUUUUAUAUUUUAUUUUUAAUAGAUCCUUUCAAUUUAAAAUGGUUUUUUUGUCAAGAAUGAAGUUUUGUAAACAUUUUGACAUGUUUAGCCUACAUAAUUGUUGUAAGUAUCGAAGUGAUGAUAAUUCGAUCUUUUGAAGGUAUCAAUGAAGAAUGUGGCUCUGAGUCGAGAGAACUGAUCAAUGAUUGGCUUAGGUUAUUUUAUGGUAUCCGCCAAUCAGUGCCUCGUAUGAAAUGUUUGAAAGUUACCAUUGUUUCAGUGUGAAUGAGCAGGUCAGACACGGCGCUGAAGCAGACAUUGGCUUCUACGAUACAGAAACUCUUCAGUCAAUUACAUUAUUCCAGUUUUAAGUCCUACUGUCAUUGAAAUAUAUGUCAGGGGCGGAUCAAGACAUUUCGAAAGUUUGGCAGUUGUUGGUCCAUUUUUAGGUCACCUAUUGCGAUCGCCUUUUGUCCGGCGUCGUGCGUCGGUUAACAAUUUACAUUUUCGACUUCUU